GAUGAUGGUAAUAGCUAUAUCCCUAUAUAUUGUAUAACGACAGUACGCAUAAUGCGCCUAGUGUACAUAUCGGGUGGUUUCCAAACUUCGCUAUGUAGUUCAUCGAGAACCCCCAAAAUAUUUAGAUGUCAAUUUAAUCAAGCAGAUAAGGGAAAUUCAAUCGAAAAGUAUCGAAAUCUCGAAGCACCGAUCACGAAUGCAAAACGACAGAGCAAAGCUCUUGACUCCUUGAUUUAUCCUGUGACAAAAGUACCAUCCAUCUUUCAAGGUGGUGCAUACCUGCCAAUCGAGCAAGCUCAUGAAACGCAGAAUCACCCCACCUCCCAUCCAUCGCAUGGCCAUGAUGUAGGCGUCGAACUCCGUAAUACCGCAUCGGUGGACAAGGGUUUCGUACAUCCAGGUGCGCGGAUCGGCGGUGCUCCAAUCGGGGAGAGGGUACAUUCCCGCAGUGAUUCUGCGGACGGGGGAUUGUUGUUGAGGGGUGCUGGCUGUUGGGUUGGGGCUCCGGGAGAGAUCGUGGGCAAUUGCGAAUUGUGGAGGAGGUGAGGCGGCGGGGCUGGGAUCCAUGUUUCUGGUUAUGUUCGAGUGAAUGGCUAGCUCGAAAGCAGUUUGUGAGGAGUGGGGGCGGAUUGAUGCUGAUGGGUCUGGAGGGCUGGAUGGGCGUUGGAGGGGAUCGAGAGGGGGUUGUGUGGAACUUCCUGGGACACCGAGGUUACCUGGUGCGGAGGGUUGGGGAAUUGGGGUAGACCCCGAAGCCGAAGUUGUGGUGAGCGAGGUGGGUUGUGAAAAUAUGUGGUAGGACAAUGAGGGAUGCGAUGAACGUGUCCAAUUCAAGCUAUCAGAGAUGUUAGAGGGCCCCGCAGGAUUAGCACGCUCAUUGUGGUGAUUAUAACCCUCGAUUUGAUUUGAUACUUAUGAGGGAUUGUUGCCCUCGCCGCUACGCAUUCCAACUGUUGAUUUCCGUGCGGAAUCAUUACUAUAUGUGGAAUUCA